AAUCCCUUAUUUAAUAACCGCCUUAUUUCCUAUCAAAAACACAUCUCUGGGACUCAUGACUCAGCCGCUCCAACUGUUCCCUCCUGAGUGUAAUAUGACACAUUGAAUGGGGCUGGGCUUGAGUCAGCUUUAAGCGAGACAAGCAGCAACUCCGGAGCAUUACAUACUCGGGUGGGGCAUUUUUUUUAUUUGGUAUCCACACCCACUGACACUCUGUGCGCAAAGACGCACAAGUCACUGUUGAACCAGACGGACUGCGAAGCAUUCUGCCGGUGUUUGUCCUCCUCUCUUCCCCGCUCCACACACUCUGAUCGUCGGUCAUGUUUCGCUGUGGGAUCGCCUACCCCCGCUGCAGGUGGAUCGUGCCCCUGCUCCUGCUCUUCGCCAUUAUUUUUGACAUUAUCGCCAUCGCCGCUACCUCGGGAUGGGUCGAGGACGAGGACGCAAAGUCUCACUACGCCAGUAUGUGGGACCAGUGCCGGGGCAGGAAUGAACACUGGGACUGCAAGUCGCUUAUGGAGUUCUCUUGGGCCCAGGCAGUGGCUGCUCUGAUGAUCAUCGGCCUCCUAAUUCUUAUCGUCGCCUUCAUCAUCUCCUGCGUGGCUCUGUGCUGCACACUCAACAUCACCCUGCUGCCCUUCAUUGGAUUGCUGUUGAUUGUUGUCGUGAUCCUCCAGAUCAUCGCUCUAAUCAUCUACCCCGUCAAGUUCAACGAGCUGAUCUUCGAGGGUCACUAUUACUACACCUGGGCUUACGGCUUUGGCUGGGGCGCCACCAUCGUCUGCAUCGGCUGUGCCGUCCUCUUCUGCUGCCUGCCACGCUACGAGGAUGAGCUGACCGGCCUGGCCAAGACCAAAUACAUCUAUUCCUCCGCUUAAAGACAAAACUACACACCCACCUAGGGCUGGGCGAUAUGGACAGAACCAAAUAUCAAAUACCUUGAUAUCGAUGCUACAACAAUAUUCUAAGGAUGACUAUUGGUGCUUUCGCAACAUAUUUACGCAAUGAGAUUUUUGAUAAAUAAUCAACAGUAAUGUAGAAAAAA